GCCUCGGCAAGCCCAGAAAAACGACAACGCGAGAAAAAUUAGUAUUUUUGCACUUCACAAAUUAAUGACCAUGAGCUCGUUUUUGAUAAACUCCAACUACAUCGAGCCCAAGUUCCCUCCCUUCGAGGAGUACGCGCAGCACAGCGGCCCGGGCGGCGGCGACGGCGGCCCCGGCGGGGGCCCGGGCUACCAGCAGGCCCCCGCGCCCGCGACCCAGCACCUGCCGCCGCAGCAGCCCCAGCUCCCACACGCGGGCGGCGGCCGCGAGCCCCCCGCCUCCUACUACCCGGCGCGGGCCGCCCGCGAGCCCGCCUACCCCGCGGCCACCCUCUACCCGGCGCACGGGGCCGCGGACGCCGCCUACCCUUACGGCUACCGCGGAGGCGCUAGCCCCGGGCGGCCACCGCAGCCCGAGCAGCCCCCGGUGCACGCCAAGGGCCCGGCCCACGGCCUGCACGCGAGCCACGUCCUGCAGCCUGGCCGCCAGCCCCCGCCGCCGCCUCCCCCGCAGCACUGCGCGGCGCCCCCCACACCCACGCGGCGCUGCGAGGCGGCUCCCGCCGCUCCCGGUGUCCCGACAGGGGGCGGCGCCCCCGCGUGCCCGCUGGUCCUGGCGGACAAGAGCCCGCCCGGCCUGAAGGGCAAGGAGCCCGUGGUGUACCCCUGGAUGAAGAAGAUCCAUGUCAGCGCCGUGAACCCCAGUUAUAACGGAGGAGAGCCCAAGCGCUCUCGAACCGCCUACACCCGACAGCAAGUCUUGGAGCUGGAGAAGGAAUUCCACUUUAACCGCUACCUGACCCGGCGCCGCCGCAUAGAGAUCGCCCACACGCUCUGCUUGUCUGAGCGCCAGGUCAAGAUCUGGUUUCAGAACCGGCGGAUGAAGUGGAAGAAGGAUCACAAACUGCCCAACACCAAGAUGCGAUCCUCCAAUCCGGCCUCGGCCUCUGCUGGCCCGCCAGGGAAAGCACAAACUCAGAGCCCUCACCCUCAUCUCCACCCCCUCCCUGGUGCCUCCACACCUAUUCCCUCCUCCAUAUAAUCUUUUAGAGGCCCACAUCCGUUUCCACCCUUUACCCCCCAUUCUUUCCCCCAUUCACCUGAUCCCAUCUGGAUCUUCACAGACACCAAACCAAAACCCAACUUGGUGAAAAUGAUAACCAAAAAAAAAAAAAAAAGAGAGAGAGAGAGAGAGAGAGACAUCAUCCCCAGUAAGAAUGUGUGCUGGUUACCACCCAAGCGAGGACAAUUGUCCAGGAGGCUGUUAGAUGGAAACAGUCUGGGGGCCUGAACAGCUUACUAGGUAUAAAUACCUGAGAAGGACCACUUGGCAUGAAAUACCUUCGAGAUGUCUGAAGUCAGCUGGACAGGGCAACAUGCGGAGUGGGGACACAUACUCCUGUAUAUGUUGCAAGCAGAAGGAAAGAGACCUGUCCCUGCUUCCCUUACCUCCCCAACUUACAUUAAGAUUGCUCAUAUGAGCUUAUAUUGAACUGAAUAAAUGAGUAGACAUUGUGGACCUCA